AUGGUACUAUUAAGCUCGGAACAGCUGAAUCAAGUUAAAAAUAAUAGCUUGUAUAUCCCUCAUUUGGAAAAGGAUUCGUGCGGAGUUGGUUUUGUAACAUCAGUUCGCGGUGUUGCAUCCCAUAAAAUUUUGUGCGAUGGGCGAACAAUGCUGGAACGUUUGGCUCACCGUGGGGCCUGUGCUUGUGAUUGUGAUUCUGGUGACGGUGCAGGUGUAAUGACUGCUAUACCAGAUGCGCUGUACCGGAAAGAUCUCAGAAACAAUGAGGAAGGCAUCGAAUUGCCUCCGGUUGGUGAAUACGCAACAGGUUUGUUGUUUCUGAAAAACGAUUCCUACGAACAAGCUCUGGAAGCUUUCACUGAUCUGGCUAAAGGUUGCAGUUUGAAAGUAAUUACUUGGCGUAAAUUACAGACUAAUCCAGACAAAAUUGGAACUGAAGCGCGCAAAACAGAACCAUGUAUACGACAGGUAUUUAUUACUGCAUCAUAUGCUUCUACUGAUGUAGAACUUUUUAAACGAAAUAUUUAUAUCUUGCGGAAACAAGCUGCCGUACAGUUGUUUAAACAGAAAAUUGAAUGCUAUGUUGUUUCCCUGAGUACAUCAACUAUCGUUUAUAAGGGACAGUUUACACCAAAUCAACUUUACCAAUACUAUGAUGACUUGACAAACCCUGAAUAUGUUUCUCAUAUGGCUAUGGUUCAUAGCCGUUUCUCAACCAAUACCUUUCCGUCAUGGUGUGGAGCUCAACCUCACCGGAUGAUUGCUCACAACGGGGAAAUCAAUACUUUGCGUGGAAACAUUAAUUUCAUGCAUGCUCGGGAAGGUGUGAUGAAAAGUCAUGUUUAUGGUGAUAAUCUUCAGAAACUUUAUCCUGUAGUAGAACGUAAUAUGUCGGAUUCGGGUAGUUUUGAUAAUGUAUUGGAAUUUUUGGUGCACGCUGGUAAUCGCUCAAUAGCUGAAGCUGCUAUGACGAUGGUUCCAGAAGCAUGGGAAAAUGAUGAGGAGAUGGCUCCAGAAAAACGAGCGUUUUAUAGAUGGGCAGCAAUGCUCAUGGAACCAUGGGAUGGACCAGCGUUAAUGACAUUUUCUGAUGGACGUUUCAUUGGAGCAAUUCUUGAUCGAAAUGGCUUAAGACCUGCUCGUUUUUACAUUACCAAAGAUGAGCACUUGUUUCUAGCUAGUGAAGUGGGUAUUGCUGAUUUAGAGGAGGAAAAUGUUAUACGAAAGGUUAGAUUUCACCAAAUUUUCACGCAUGUUUUGUAA